AACGAACUGACAGUACUUCCAACUCAACGUCUCGAUCCUGAUUUCGAUUUCGAAUCCCUCAUAUAUCCCUCCCUUCCUUCACGUCCUCACGAUCCCUUAUUCAUUUUCCCGCUCAACAUUGAAUCACCCAGGUGGCGAACGAUGGCAACUUCCCAAGCCUCACUCUCCCAUCUCGAGAGGACGGCGCAUGAACCACGUGAUAAGACAUUACAUCGAGUGAGGAUUAGUGGGAUAGAGCAGGUAGAUGGGAAAAUUAGGGUGGUGAGAUUGAGGCCUGUGGAGGGGGAGGGGGAGAUUAAGUUCCUCCCGGGCCAAUGGCUCGACGUUCACAUCCCCAAUAUCCCCAAAGCCGGCGGAUUCACCAUCACGUCCCCGCCGUCCCUGCUCAGCUCUCCCACGCCCUAUCUCGAACUCGCCAUCUCUUACUCUCCAUCCAACCCCGCAUCAUCAUUCUUCCAUGUUCCACCUUCAUCGAUCCUGGAUACCGAGCUGCGGGUUCGCAUCGGCGGGUCUUUCGUCUGGCCGCCGACAUGUCAUGCUCCGGGGGGUGUCAUCAAGAGAGUCGUGUUUGUCGCGGGCGGCAUCGGCGUGAAUCCUCUCAUGGCGAUGCUUUCACACCUCAGCGAGAUGCAGGAAAAGGAUCGACGAUUCGAUGUCAAGAUGUUGUAUUCGGUGAGAGAUCCUGGGCUUGGAAGGAAUGGGAAAGGUAUUUUGUUUUUGGACAGGUUGAUGCGGAUUUUUGAAACGUGGGGUAAUUGCGAUGGCUUAAAGUUGUAUCUAACGCCGGGAAAGAAUGGGGAGGAGGCUGGAGAGGCGGUGAUGGGGGGUGAGGACGGAGAGAUCUUGUAUAGGAGGAGGAGGAUUAGGAGGGCGGAUUUGGAGAGCUGUUUAGGGGAGGUGCGGGAUAGAGCGGGGACUGUGGUUUAUGUGUGUGGAGUGCCGGAGAUGACGGAUGAGUUGGUGGGGUGGGCGAGGGAGGCAGAGGGGAUGGAUGGGAGACAUGUUUUGUGUGAGAAGUGGUGGUGAGUGUGGUUUCUGGUUCUCGUGAGAAGAGGGGGGGUAAAAUAAAUAUCCUCUAUAGAUAGCCCCUUCCCCUUCCCCUGAAGUAAGUAACACUAAAACAAGAAAAACCGCCCCCCUAUUUCCU